CUAUUUCCCGAAGUAUCAUUUCCGAAGUUCUGGACGAGAUGUGAUACGGCCAAGCCUGUGCUAAAUUUCCCCCCCUUUUGUGUGUAUUAACAGCAGUUUAUUUCGUUCUCUGCUCUUAAUUCUCCUUCUUCAUGCGUCGAAGGAGUGGCGUAGAAUAAGAGAACGGUGGAAUAUUGGGGAAAUAAAGGAGAACAGUAGAGAUGAAAAUCCAGCAUUUAUUUUCGUGAGUGGGCGAUGCAAGCUUGUAGUAGGUGGGGUCAGACCCAGUUCGCCUUGGAGAGCAGUAACCAGAAUAUAUCUAUUUACAGGAAGGUCUUAUUAGGAGACAAUGCCUUCACAGGCUAUCAAACCAACUUCUCUGGGGAUGACGGGAAUGAGGAACAAUGACACCUGGACCGAUGGACUCCCAAUCUGCAAAUUGUCAGGUGUGGGGAUGUCAGCCAACCAGAUGUAUCGAGAAGAUGGAACACCAUGCUCGGAACAUGAGUAUGAGGACCGCAGCAUUCACUUUUGUCUUGACCGUGAAAAUCACACUUACCUGUAUGGGGUCUUUGAUGGCCAUGAUGGAGCCAAGGCAGCAUACUUUGCAUCCCAGAGGAUGCCUGCAGAAUUAAGUUUUGAGCAGUUGACAGGAAAAACAACAGAAGAAGAGGUGAAAGAAGUCUUUAGAGAAGCUUUCCUCUCGGUCGAGAAUGCUUUCUUGGAGUCCAUUGAUCCGAGAAUUGCAGAACGUACCCAGCUGUUGGACAAAAUUCCUGAUGGAAUGUCACAGUUUGAAGCUGCUCAGAAAUUCCCAGAAACAUUUAGUAGACUUCAGGCAUUAGACCAGGAGAUAAGAGGAGGGACGACAGCUGUUGUAGCACUGAUACAUGCAAAAACAUUGUAUGUUGGCAAUGUUGGUGAUUCAAGGGCUCUUCUUUGUAAGAAAGAUAGGUCUGGUGUAUUAAAAGUGAAGCAACUUACAGCUGACCACACAACUAGUAGUCAUGAUGAAUUGCAGCGUUUGGAAUCACUCAAUUUGACAGCAAGCAAAAUUCGAGGAGCCAAGCUUGGAAACCAUGAGUUAACAAGGUGUAUUGGAAACUACUUCAUGAAGGGGGGUUAUUCAGAAUUUGACAUCCUAAGUUCAGCAACAGCAGAGCCAGUCAUUGCAGAACCAUACAUCACAUUCAUGCCCAUUGAUGAAUCCUGCAGUUUCCUCUUGCUGAUGAGUGAUGGCCUCUAUAAUUCUUACAAAGAGGCUACAGGAUCUGAGCAAGUUAACAAGGAAAUUGCACAGAUGGUUGUUGAACAGUUUGUAGAGCAACCAACUCUAACAAGCAUAGCUCAGACUGUGGUAGACAAAGUAGUCCGUCUGCACCACGAUAAUUAUCUCACCAAGCAGAGAAAUGUAACAACACGAGAUGACAUUACCCUAAUCAUUCGCAACUUCAACUUUCCCCUGCGCAGUGCCCUUACUCCUUCUGCCGUGUCUGGGGGCAGCUCUCCACGUCCCCCUAUCCAUCACAGGCCACAUCUGAGGACAGCAGUGAGAACUCCUGAUCUGUCAUCAUCAUCAAGCAGUGAGGACAUAACACUGUGUAAAGAACCUGACUCACUACCAAGUCUCCCUCCUGUGCGUCUACUGCCAGGAUUAAGGGGCCACAAAGUGGACAUAACAGAAGGUGUCAGUAAUUCUGUGGAUGACAACUGUCUUGUCCAUCACACCGACACCAACACGACCUCGACCGAAUCAUCAGAUCUACAGAAUCCGAGUCUGACUCAGUUUUCACUGGACGAAGAUGGGAGGAUUCAUCCCUAUGUUAGUUUUGACCAGUAUUACCAAGCUAUUGAAGAGGCACGGAUAGCUGGGCUCAUAUCGGAAUCUCAGUUGUAUCAAUAUAAAUAGAGCUACAAGUAAAACAUAGCAUAUUUUAAGAUGACAAGAAAUGUAUAGCUUUAUUAGAUUUUUUUAUAGAUAUUUUUAUUGUUGAAUGAAGGAUAAAUUUAAUCUUCAGUAGAAACCUUCAUCAACAUUCUAGUGAAGUAUAUAUAAAAAUUACGAAUUUGUUUUAGCUUUAGAAACCAAGUAAAUGAUGAGCAUUUGAAUGAUCCAUGGUGAUCUGUCUAAAAACGAAUUAUAUUUUAUACGUGUUGA